AUUGUUUUAUCAUUUAAUAUAGUACUCAAGAGUUCACUCAUCCUCAGAGGCGUGUAACAGCUGUGGGUAUUUAAUCAUGGACAUGGUUUUGCAGGCUCGUGGGAAGUCCUACCACCCAUCGUGCUUUCGCUGUGUGGUCUGCAGACAGAGCCUGGAGGGUCAGCCCUUCUCUGUAGACGCAGACACCAGAGCUUAUUGUGUCAGUGACUACCACAAGGUCCAAGCUCCUCUGUGUGCUGCAUGCAAGGUGCCGAUACUGCCAACUGAGGGGUUGACAGAGUCUAUUCGAGUGGUAUCAUUUGACAGAAAUUACCAUGUAGAGUGCUACAGUGGUACAGAGGUUAACCUCAUUUGAAGACUGGAGCAGCUUGACAUGUAUCUUUCUGUGUUUUUUCUGCUGGUCUUGUUUUGUAUAUAUUUACAACAUUAAAAAUAAUAAUAUUAAUAAAUAAUACAUGGUUAAUUUGAUGAAUCUGUAGCAUGUUAAACAAUAUCCUGUCUGCAAUAAAGUCACUCUAAAGUCUUGAGUAUUGUUUUGUGCUCUCUGUUUCAUAUUCAUUUUAUGGAAUAAGCAGGCUAGAAUAGUUUACGUGACCAGCAGAAUAAUAAGGAAACCCCAAAAAUACUUGAAUAUCUCAAGGACAAGAGAUGAAG